AUGGUCCACAACCCCCUUCGGAUAGCUGACCAGUGGACAGACGAGUUCCCUUACCAACCAGAAAACCCUCCUUCCGGCCCACCGCUGCUUGACCAAGACGAGUCCACGACUCUGCAGAACUUCUUCAGCGAUCCCGAUCACUAUGGAGGGCCUGACAACCUCCCCGAUGCCUUCUUGGCCAACCUGAACACACUCCCCGAUACGAGGUUCCAGCAGUACGACCAGCUCAACGAUCCUCGAUGGAUGUAUCCUACCAACGACCAGCAGUAUCCGGCAUCGUAUCCUGCUCAAGAGCAGGGCUAUCAAUACCAGAAUGCCGACUACAACCAGCGUGGCUUUCAAGCUCCCAAAGACCCAAAGGAUCUGCUUGCUCUGGUUGGUAUACCAGAGGCAAGUGCAUCUGCAGAUGUGCUCCAUGCUGCCUCAACUUUGUUCUCGUACAGAGCAAACCCCAACCAAGCACUUACUUCCGAAAGCUAUCCUCAAGCUUUAGCUCAACAGCAGCAGCAGCCAGUCGUGCAGCACACAGCUCGCCAUGCGUCGUUUCCUUUCUCCGUUCCUACGGCGACUAGCUCCUCGGCGCCGCAGUACCCCUCGACGAACGGUCACUUUCGUGCUUCGUUUGACAACUCGACAACAAACUCCCACUCGCUUCCCAACUCCCACUCUUCUUCCUCCCAUCAAUCCAGUACUCCCAUGUUCCACUUCGGCACCGACAACAAUUUCCGCCAAACCGGUUACGCUGCCCCUUAUCAAGGUCUGGAAGACGCUGCUAUCCAGCAACAAGUCGACUUCGCGCGCACCAUGGUUCACUCCUCCAACGACGCAAUAUCUUCCGUCGAGAACUCUGUCCCCCACACCCCUGACUUGACCAGAGGUGCACACAACUACUACCCUGCCAACUUGCAGGCCUUUGCCAACCUCGCUGAGCAAGUCUCCACUGCUGAGUCUGAUCAGCCCAAGAAGCAGAAACGUCGCAAGAUCAAGCGCCCAGACGAGGAUGAGUUUGACACGUCCAUCACCUCUCCUGCCUUCCGCGUCAAUAACUCUAGUCCUGAUGGUGAGAACACCAUCGCUGACUCAGACGACGAUGAACCCAACGAGAACGGCUCCAAGCCUGCCAUCAAGCGCCGCAGAGCAUCAUCAGGCGCAAACAGCAAGCUCAGCAGCAUCGCCCGCAAGAAUCUUACCGAAGACCAGAAGCGCAGCAACCACAUUCGCUCCGAGCAGAAGCGCCGCAAUAUCAUCAAGCAAGGUUAUGAAGAUCUUAACGAGCUCGUCCCCAACCUCAAGACUGGCGGUUUCAGCAAGAGUGCCGUCCUCACCGAAACUACCCGCUUCCUCGAGGAGAUUCACCUUGGUAACGGCAGCAUGGAGACUUAUCUGCGCGCGUUGGCCGCUGAGAAGGGCCUGACCUUUGAAGAUUUAUAG